ACAAAAAUAAAAUAAAAUAAAAAAACCGGUUCGAUUGGCAUUACCAAUAUACCCUUUUGUACUUACGACGACGUCUCAACGUAUUUUUUUGUCUCCACUUUCUUUCUUUCUUUCUAUAAACCCAAAAUUCACUUUUGCCCAAUUUAGGAACAACAAUCACAGAACAAGACGGCACAAGUAAAAAAUGGCUGAAGAACCUACUACUACCACUCUCGUUACACCGGAAAAGCUACCUUCUCCGAGCCUCACGCCUUCUGAAGUAUCUGAAUCUACUCAAGAUGCCCUACCGACAGAGACAGAAACUCUGGAGAAAGUGACUGAGACUAAUCCACCGGAAACUGCAGAUACCACCACCAAGCCAGAAGAAGAAACCGCGGCAGAGCAUCAUCCACCGACAGUGACGGAAACAGAAACUGCAUCGACGGAGAAACAAGAGGUUAAAGACGAAGCAUCGCAGAAAGAAGUAGCUGAAGAGAAAAAGAGUAUGAUUCCACAGAAUCUUGGUUCAUUCAAAGAAGAAAGCAGCAAACUUUCUGAUCUAUCUAAUUCCGAGAAGAAAUCACUCGAUGAACUAAAACAUCUAGUUCGAGAAGCUCUAGACAAUCACCAAUUCACCAACACACCAGAAGAAGUCAAGAUUUGGGGGAUUCCAUUACUUGAAGACGAUAGAAGCGACGUCGUUUUGUUAAAAUUCCUAAGAGCUAGGGAGUUCAAGGUGAAAGAUUCGUUUGCUAUGCUCAAGAACACAAUCAAGUGGAGAAAGGAGUUCAAGAUCGAUGAAUUGGUCGAGGAAGAUCUUGUGGAUGAUCUUGACAAGGUUGUGUUUAUGCAUGGACAUGACCGAGAAGGUCACCCUGUUUGUUACAAUGUCUAUGGUGAGUUUCAGAACAAGGAGCUUUAUAAUAAGACGUUUUCUGAUGAGGAAAAGAGGAAACAUUUCUUGAGGACUAGGAUUCAGUUCUUGGAGAGGAGUAUAAGGAAGCUAGAUUUUAGCUCUGGUGGGGUUUCUACUAUUUUUCAGGUUAAUGAUAUGAAGAAUUCUCCGGGGUUAGGGAAGAAAGAGCUUAGAUCAGCUACUAAGCAAGCUGUUGAGUUGCUUCAGGACAAUUACCCUGAGUUUGUCUUCAAACAGGCUUUUAUCAAUGUUCCUUGGUGGUACCUUGUGUUUUAUACUGUGAUUGGUCCGUUCAUGACACCAAGAUCAAAGAGCAAGCUUGUGUUUGCUGGUCCUUCGCGUUCAGCUGAAACCCUAUUCAAAUACAUAUCACCCGAGCAAGUUCCAGUACAAUAUGGUGGAUUGAGUGUUGAUCCUUGCGACUGCAAUCCAGACUUUUCGUUGGAAGAUUCAGCCUCUGAGAUCACUGUUAAGCCCGGAACAAAACAAACUGUUGAGAUCAUAAUCUAUGAGAAAUGUGAACUUGUGUGGGAGAUAAGGGUAACUGGAUGGGAAGUGAGCUACAAGGCUGAAUUUGUGCCGGAAGAGAAAGAUGCUUACACGGUGGUUAUACAAAAACCGAGGAAGAUGAGACCAUCCGAUGAACCGGUGUUAACCCAUAGCUUCAAAGUGAAUGAGCUUGGCAAGGUUUUACUCACAGUAGACAACCCAACCUCUAAGAAGAAGAAGCUCGUUUACAGGUUCAAUGUCAAACCUCUCUAAGUUUUAAGAACCAAAUGAAAAAUGUUUCCAAACUUUGUUUUAUUUUACAAAAAAUGUUGUUUCUAGACUUUUGUUUUUCUUGAAACAGAAGUGAGAUAUCUUAUGUGUGUUUGUAUAUGUGAGUGUUUACUUUAUCAUAUCAUAUAAAUUAUGUGUGGUUUAUUUUGCUCUUGUAAUCAAUCAUUUGUGGAGAAUAUAUUACUACAUGACUUUAUGAAAUAAAGAUCUUUAAAUCUCAACCAAUUUAUUGAUUGUGUCUGUUUAUGAA